CAGCGUAAUUCUGGACAACAGCAAUUUAAUUAUGCCUUCAUCAGUCAGUCUGAGUUCAGUCUUCUCUAAUGGCUACCCACCACAUCUCCCCUCGUACGCCGUGGACAACAUUACGGACUGUGACUACACUAACGUGGCCGCCUCCCAGAGGGAGAAGAACCCCUGGUUACAGGCAGAUCUAGGGACCGUACUAGAUGUUCAGCAGGUCCUGGUGUAUGCCAGGCCUGAUGGUUUCGAACCGGGAAGGACCCACAAUCUUCUAAUAACAGUUGCUGAUAAUGAAAAGAAUCACACCUGUGGUUUCUAUCCAGGACCAACGGACCUGGGUGACCGUAUUCUUAUUCUCUGUAACUCCCUCACUAGAGGGCGCUAUGUAACCUUGACUAUCCAAUCCAGCCCUGGUGAAAAGGAUAUUUUGCAAAUUUGUGAAAUCAAGAUCCAUGGGAGGCAAUAG